AGAAUUCAUUCAUCGUGACUGAAUCGUAAAUAUUCUUGCGUUAUACCAUCGUCCUUCAGAAGUAGCAUUGUUGCAUAACUUUGUUAAGUUUCGUUGGUAUAAUCUACGUGGUCCCGGGCAUCGUUCAGCUCGAAACAACUACCUGCUCUUUWGGAUACGKGUUGGAUAGCAAAAUGGCGGUCGACUAUCAGCCGCGUGGUCUAGAGGUGGAAGACAUUGUUGUUGUUGUACUUUAUUUUCUCAUUGUCCUAGGAAUUGGAGUGUAUGCAACUUUUAAAUCAAACCGUGGAACUGUAAGUGGUUAUUUCUUAGCUGGGAGAUUCAUGACAUGGCUUCCGGUGGGUGCGUCAUUAUUUGCUAGUAACAUAGGCAGUGAACAUUUCAUUGGACUGGCUGGGUCAGGGGCUGCAGCAGGCAUUGGAGUUGGUGCAUUUGAGUUUAACGCUCUAAUUCUUCUUCAACUCCUUGGCUGGGUUUUUAUCCCUGUUUACAUUGCUGGUGGGGUGUGCACUUUACCAGAGUACAUUCAUAGACGAUUUGGUGGGCAGCGUAUUCGAAUAUGGCUUUCWGUGUUGUCAAUCUUGCUUUACAUAUUUACCAAGAUAUCUGUGAAUCUGUUUUCUGGUGCUCUAUUCAUUCGCCUUGCAUUGGGGUGGAAUCUCUACCUUGCUAUUCUACUGAUGUUAUUCAUGACUUUUCUUUGUACAGUCACUGGUGGCCUCGCUGCUGUCAUCUAUACUGACACUUUAUGCACAUUUCUUAUGGCAGUUGGCUCAUUAACAGUGAUGGGAAUGGGUUUUUAUGAAGUUGGUGGUUAUGGUGGAUUGCAGGAGAAGUACAUGCAUGCGGUGUCAAAUGACACACUGUUCUCUAACAGUACAUGUGGAAGACCACGUGAUGAUUCUUUUAUCAUGUUGAGAGACCCAGUUAACUCUGACAUGCCAUGGGCAGGAUUUAUUUUUGGCCAGACUAUUGCCUCGAUUUGGUACUGGUGUGCUGACCAGGUAGAAAAUACUAUGAAAAUACUGAGUGGGAGAGAUGUGUGGGACAAUACUUGGCUUAAGGUCAUGCUGUAUGUAAUAUAUACAAUAUGA